UGGCGGGCCGGUCUCCGCCGGCGGUCAGUCGAGUCCCAGCGUCUGCCUCGAACGGGUGGAAUCGGAGAGAGCUCUGCGCAGUCAGUCGGAGCCGGACCGCAGCAGGAGCAUCCUCAGAGCAGCCCGAUAGGUGAACGGACGGAACGACCCGAGCGCAGGAUCGGACAGAAUGAUCAAGGUUGUGCUGCUAGCUCUGGUGGCGGCGGCCGCGGAGGCGCUGCCGUUCGGGUUCACAGAGGGAGUGGCUCAGUUCAGGGCCCAUCCUGGCUCAGCCCGCGCCAGUUACGGUCCUCCCAGUGCGCCGUCGGGUCCCCUCGGCGGUAACAGUGCAGAGGUGGAGCGCUGGCUGCGGCUGCUCGGCCCCCUCAGCACGGCGCCCUCCAACUACGUCCAGGACCGCGAGGGGCCGUCCAUCUACGACGACUUCUACCCCAGCGUCAGCCCGCAGGCGGCCGCCUCGUCACGCACGCUGUGGUUCGAGGAGUUCCCUCACCGGCGGGCCGUCCUCAACUGGCAGGAGAAGCGCAUCCAGCAGGGCCUGCCCGUCUACAAACUGCUCUCACAGCGACCCGGCUUCCCGUUCUACCAGGGCAACUGAGCGAGCUAGCGACCCACGGCGACACACAGUGACCAAAGUGCUGUGAGAGCCUGACGGCCGGCGCAGAACUGAGGAAAAAAGUGAAAAUCGCGAUCUCCCAACUGCGAGAACGGCACCCGUUACGAACAUUCACGUCUUCCAGGGACGCAAGGUGUUUUUAUGAGCGGGCUUCGUGUCGCUCAGUCUUCCCUGCAGGAUUUUAGAGGCGAGAGCUAAAACGGAAGCAGCGGGUGCCAUAAGUUCGCAGAAGGGAGUGAUGGGCGCGUCGGAAAUUCGUUGGUGCGCGUCAGAGGGCGAUCGGAGGGGCCGAGGACCCGCGUAAUGUGUUUGUGGAGGCCGAGGGAUGCGGCGCCGGUGUCCCGGUGUGAGCUUUAAGUCGGAUGAAUGUAGAGCGAGCCGGUGACGACGAAUGACGAUGUUGAUGUUGAAAAUCGCGCCGGAGGCGACUGGCGUAGAGCCAGGCUCGUUGACAAUACAGUGGUGAAUUUUGUA